GUCUAAACUCUCUACGUCUUUCUGGGUAUUGAUACCUCGAAGCUGCACAAUUGGCUUUUACUGCCUACAUGGCGCAAUUGGAUGAUGUUGCGGGUGAUUUUAUCUAGGUCGGGUUUUGAAGUGUGAAGUGGCCGAAUAAAUUCGAGUCAAACAUUAGCCCAAUUUGCUCAACUACAUCCCCUCAAGCAAGGUAACAAACAUCUUCAGAAUGUUGGUCGCGCGCGCUUCCAUAAGGCCAAAUGCUCAAUUGCGAUGGACGCUCACGGCCAACAUCCGCAGCAGGACUUUUUCCUCACGAGUCUCCCGAGGCCAAAGUUACAGCGACGCGAUUGACCUGCUCAACACGCUUCAAACUCCAUUCAAGGUCUUUCAAGCCCGGGUCGCAGCCGGCGUCCGGCCCGAUGCCAGCUUCAUGACCGAGAUGCGCUCCUGCCUGGCACGCAUCGGCCACAGCCCACGUGACCUGGACCGCCUCAACAUCGUGCACGUCGCCGGAACCAAGGGCAAGGGGACCGUCUGCGCGUACGUUGACUCCAUCCUCAACCGAUGGCGGGCGUCGCACGGCGUGCCGGGCAAGCUGGGGCUGCUAACCAGCCCGCACUUGAUCUCCGUCCGGGAGCGCAUCCGCAUCAACUCGGAGCCGGUCAGCGAGGACUUGUUUGCCAAGUACUUUUUCGAGGUCUGGGAUCGGCUGGAGCAGAAUCCGCCCCAGGGAUCUGUCGAGGGUGUGUCAAAUGAUGGGUCUGGUCGAAAAGAUGACUGGCUGGAUCACUGGUCCGGAGGAAGCUACGCCGGCAAGCCCAUCUACGCGCGCUACCUUACCCUGAUGAGCUGGCACCUCUUCCUGUCCGAGGGUGUCGACCUUGCUGUCUACGAGACUGGCAUUGGCGGCGAGUACGACGCGACGAACGUCGUCGAGAGGCCGCUGGCGACGGCCAUCACGACCCUCGGUAUAGAUCAUGUGCAUGCGCUCGGCGGGACGAUUGGGGAGAUUGCGUGGCACAAAGCUGGAAUCAUAAAGUCCGGCUCUAUGAACUACACAGUGAGGCAUGAGACGUUUCCGGAAGCCGAAGACGUGCUUAAGGAGAGGGCAGCGGAGAAAGGUGCCGAAUUGGAGCUUCUGGAGAUUGACCCGAGGCUCGAUACAGUCAAGAUAAACCCGGACAAGGAAUUUCAGAGGAAGAAUGCCACACUGGGAGUUGCGCUUGCCGAAGCCGCGCUAUCCAAGCUUGACCCGAGUUUCACAGUCAAGAAAAGUCUUCCGCAAGAGUUUGUUGAAGGACUAGAGAAGGUUGUAUGGCGCGGACGCUGCGAGGUCAAAGACGAAGACGAUGUGAGGUGGCACAUUGACGGUGCGCAUACAUUGGAUAGUCUUAAGGUCGCGGGUGGAUGGUUUGCCGACGAGGUCAAAACCAAAUCUGGUCCUCGAGCACUUGUAUUCAAUCAGCAAGGCCGCUCCGAGGCAACAGAAUUCCUACAGGACUUUUGUUCCGCAACCAGGUCACCAGACGGCAAAGGGUUUGACCUGGUGGUCUUUUGCACAAAUCGAACACAUGCUGUCAAGGGCUUCAAGCGAGAGUUUGUCAACCUCACCGUCGACGCCGCCGAGGUAGACAGCCUGAAGGUUCAGCACGCGUUCGCCAAGAAGUGGCUUGAGCUAGACCCCAAUGCCGGCGAAGUCAAGAUUGUUGCCAGUAUAGAAGAGGCUAUUCAAGCUGUGCGGCAGCUGGCAGCUGGAAAAGCUCCAUCUGCUGCGGGCAAAGGCAAUCACCAGCCUGAUCAAGUCCAGGCCCUGGUAACUGGCAGCAUACAUCUGAUAGGAGGUGCUUUGGAGAUCUUGGAAGGAGACGCCAAGACUCUUUGAACAAAGCAUGCUUCUCAAGAGGUUCUCAGACCCUAGCGGGCCGUCUGCCUGCGAUUUGAGCCUUCAGCCUUUGAUACUACAACCGCUUCAAAAACUUCGGAGAGGCAGGGAAGUAGCCGUCCGUGUCGACUUUUCCUCGGAACCGAAGCUGUGCAGCCCCAGGAGCAGCUUGGCUUGCCCUAGAAUAGCACUGCUGGCACUUGAACGCCAUGAGGGAGCUCGGCACAGGACAAUUUUCACCAAUACGAUACGGCUGUUCAAGAAAGCAUCAACGCUAUGUGAGAAUGAGUUUUCACGCUGCCGACUGCCGACCAGCCAAGACAAGACUAUCACCCGGCCAGCGGUUAAACAUUAUCAUCAACAUUGCAAAAGUGUCCGUAUUACUGCAGGUGGUUUCCAGAGUUCGUCCAUUGGACAGAAAAGUAACAGGCGCCAGUGCGGUGCCAGGGAUUUCGGAGAUGCAAGCUUAAAUCUAUUUCUGAACUUUCUAUUAUUUCCCGAUGCGACUUGCAGGAGGGUGGGUGGGAACUAUGGAUGUCUGCCAAGGAUGGAGGCUCUCUGGGCUGUAAAAAAAAAAAAAAAAAAAAAAAAAACCGGCAUACGGCGUCCUUCGCACCAGAGCCAAAAAAGAACUUGGAGGGUAUGGCAAAGCAAAUGGAUGGCAGCGGCGCAGAAGACGAGUCCAAUCUUGGAAUCAUGGCAAGCGCACGCGCAGGUACCCGUCACUUGAGGCCUUGUAAGGGCAACCUGGACCUGUGUGUGUAUGUGUGUGCGUGCAUGUGUGAUUGAUUCGUGCAGUCGCAGAAACAUGUACUUCCUUGCUCGGAACCAAUGGGAUGUCCAUAUUGAGCAACAUAAACUCGUAAUAUUCCAGAAUAGUAUGAUAAUCGAACAAAAAGAGCACGCGUGAUCAGAUUAUUCGCAGAUAUCAGCCCC